CCACGAACCAGCUCAACUUUGCGACUCCACACUAUCUGCUGUUUCAAACUCGACAACAAAUAUCCCUCCCUCCCACAGAAGGCCUCCAUCUCAAGCUCCUCUGAAGAACAGUGUCGUCUCCAAACGGAGGGCUGGUCAGCUUCGAGGGCCCAAAGCACCUCGUGCACCUGACCGUAGCCAACGCGAAGAACUCGCCAUUCCUUCGACUUCCUGCAGAGCUUCGGAACGCGAUAUACAGCCAUGCUCUCGGUGGGUCGAGGAUCGCGUUUGGGCGGCUACCACAUACCUGGAAUACCUGUUACAGGCGCGAGGGAGACAGCUUCUGGAGUCCAAGGGUGGUCUAUUACGAUGGAUGUCUCCUGCCACGAAUUUGCCGUCAGAUCUACGCCGAGUCCGCAACAAUGGUAUACAGCCUGAAUAUCUUCGCCUUCGUGGCCAUUGAGGACUUCGAACCUUGGAUUGAGAAUCGGCUGCCAGCUCAGAUGCAGGCGAUUACGACUCUCCAACCAGAUCCCUUGUAUACAGCGUAUGUCGGGGACGGAAUGAGGCCGAAAUUUACGACCACGUUUCCUAACCUGAAGCGCUUGUACAUCAAUCAGGGUGGGCGUAGGAGGGUCUUUUGGGAUGAGGUCGUCGCGGUUAUUGUGAAAGAUGGCGAGAAGGAGGGCUUUGAGGUGGUCAUUGAGUACGGGGAGGAUUGAAAGAUUGAGAUAGCAAUGAUAUGUCCUAGAUGCCGGCAUGACGACAGAGGAAUGAGGUCGGGAUAGACUCCCUUAUCUAUUGUGAUCUUAGCUUAGG